AUGUCAACCUCUUCUAAAAUUCUGCAAAUUCUCUUUCUCUAUGCCACCCAUUGCCUUAUACCUGCGACUCUCCUAAUCGCAACACCAAAGCGAUCUGGUCUUCGGUAUCUGUCAAUUCCAUGCUCUAUCUUUAUUGUAUAUCAAGCUAUACCCGUGGCCACAGCACUGGGUCCGGGAUUCAUAUGGUGUGAAUGCGGUCGACUAUUCAUAACCAUCGUCUUCCAAUGCCUAAACUUGCUACUCAUCAGCCCAAAGGAUAGCAAUGAUUUGCCUUCUGGGGGUAGCCAGAGCUUUGUGGCUCGAGUUUAUGCCGCGACUCGGCUUUUCACUGACCCUCGUGGGAUCAACACUCCCUGGCAAAUAAAAAAUGCCCCAUCACACCCAGGAUAUUAUAGACGACGUGAUAUGAGCACGCCUCCUCGAGGUCGCUUUUUGAUUCGGCAAACAGCCAUUGUUGUUUGGCAAUAUCUAGCUCUGGACGGCUUUGCUACUCUUGCGUUGCAACAGGCAUUGGAGCAAGAAAAAAGUGGGAUGUUGCCGCCCGUGCCUCAAUGGGAUAUCUCAACCGAACAAUGGAUCGAACGUAUCAUCUCAAACCUUAUGGCUGGAUUUGUGGUGAGCCGAAUUCUCAUCGACUUCCACCAUCGUGUCUUUUCGAUCAUUGUCGUGGGACUCGGACUCGACUCGCCUGCAAACUGCCCUCCAUUAUACGGAAGAGCACUGGAUGCCGAUACAGUACGGGGUUUCUGGGGGAAAUUCUGGCACCAAUUGCUGCAAAACCCCCUGACCUCUGUUAGCGCAUUCAUUACUAAAGACGUAUUAGGUCUAAGGCCAAGGUCUUUAGUGCAGCGAUAUAUGAAUGUUUUUGUUGUUUUCUUCUGCUCGGGCGGGCUUCAUCUCGUGCUCGAUAUUGUGCAGGGAAUCCCAGCGCAGGAAUCCGGCGCCAUGUUAUUCUUCGUCACGGCCCCUCUAGGCCUUAUGAUUGAAGAUGGCAUCAAAGCGCUUUGGAUAUCUUUUUCGAAGUCUAAUGGACAAAGCAAGAAUAUUCCUAAACCACUGUGGCAGAGGGCUCUUGGCCUAACGUGGUCUAUGGCAUGGCUGGGUGUCACCUCAACUGGGUUCUUCUAUCCACAGGUGGUGAGACCGGAAAACCAAGCCCUCGUUCCUUUUUCUGUAGCAGCUGGGAUUGGACUGCCUAUACAGGCAGGAAUUGUUCUGGUUGGUGGUGCUGUGCUGGCAAAGGUGUUUGAGGUUGAGGUGUGA